AUGUUAUUUGAGAAACUCAAAAUAUACAAUACAAAAGAAAAGCUUUUGGAAAGACUGAAAGAAAUGAAGAAAGAGGAGGAGAUGAAAAAGAACACACCUACUAAAGAAAAGGUGAAAAGAACUUGUAAGUAAAUUGUUAGAAAAUAAUUUAGUUUCAACAUCUUAAUCACAAAGAACAACUUUGAAUAGUUUAAAUAGAUUAUCAACAUCACCAAAGGUUUAAUGCAUUUUAGAUAUUGAAAAAAUUAAAAUGCCACUCACAUUUGAAAGAUACUCGAACAUAACAAGAAUGACUGAAAUACCCAUCCGUUAACAGUUUCAAUAUUAUAACUAUCAAUAGAGUAGCAACUCCUCAGCCUCCUUAAAAGAGUAUUCUAGAGAGAUUAAAUGAAUAAGAGGAAGAGAAAAUGAUUAGAGAAUUAAUUGAUAAUUACAAACCUGAAUAGUAUGAUGUUAUGAUGGAGAAUGAUUAAUAGGAAAUUGAAAGACAAAAUGACGAGGCACACGCUAAUUCGAUGAAAUAGUUUUCAUAUCAAGAUUAUAGUCCUCAAAGAAUGAAUUUAAUCAAAAAGCAUCAACAUCAUCAUCAUAAAUCUAACCCAUCUCAUCUUAAGAAUAAUUAAAGAUAUGACGAAUAAAAAUAGCUAUAUAUGCAAUAACUAGAAUAUAAAGGAGAUAUCAAUCAAGAAUUCAAUACAGAUAGAGGCAAAUAUUUGAGAAAAUUUCGAUUUGCAAAGUAAUCAAUUGAAGUGAUUAUAUUAGUAAAAAUUUGAAUAAAGUUUCUUAAGAAGAUUUCAGAAAGACCAUUAAGCAAUUUAACAAACUGGAUGAUUAUGCUCAAUUUUAUAAAUAAACUCCAAAUUUGUAUAUGCAAUUGAAUAAAAGCUCACACCAAUAGCAAAUAUUUUAAAGUGGCCUAGGACUAGUAUAAUAAUGCAAUCAUAUUAAAGUUGCUAAUGCAUAAGCACAAAUAAGAUCUCAUUAAUAGGUUAAAGUAUUUUCUGAUGCACUCAAGACUUAAUAAUGUAAGACUUUAACACAUCUGAAGUUGAACCAUAAUAAACUUAAUUCAUUAAAGUAUUCUUUAAUUACAAUAUUUAUUAGAAUUUAAUAAUUGACUAAGUCAUUUCCAUAACAUUUGCAGGAAAUAGAUUUAAUGAAUAAUGGAUUAGAUUCAAAAUCUUGCUAAUUGUUAGCAAAAUAUAUCUAAAAAUCAUAAAUAAAAAAAGUUAAUCUAGAAAACAAUCGAAUAGGUGAUAUAGGAAGUAAUUCAUUAUGUUAGGCAGUUCAAGAUCACGAUUACUUGUUAUAUUUAAAUUUAUCAAAAAAUAAUUUAACAGAGCAUUGUUGUGUUGAACUGGCCAACUAUCUAAAGAAGACACAAGUUCUAUUUGAAUUAUAUCUUCAUUUUAAUUCAAUAAAUAGUGUUGGAGCUGUUAAUAUUUGGAAAGCAUUGUAUAAAAAUUCAAGUGUCAAGGUCUUUGAUAUUUCAUAUAACAGAACAGCCUCUUUAGAAUGUUCUUAAUAAAUGGCUAAAGUAAUUAUUAAAUAGUAUCCAGAACUUAUGCAUAUAGACAUUUCAUAUAAUGGUUUUAACGAGGAAUAAUCAAUCGAAAUUAAAAAAGCAUUAGAUUAAAAUUAGAAUAUAUACGGAUUUCAUUAUUAAGGAAAUUGCCCAAAAUUUUCAGUUGAUUCUACUGGACAUUUAAGAGAUAGAAUUCAAGAAGCUAUGGAUAUUUAAAGAAAGAUCGAGGAAUGUUAAAAAAACCCAUAAACCACUUUGAAAUUAGUAGAUGAUAAUUAAAGUCCAGAAAUAUAAAUACAGGAGCAACAAUAACAUUAAUAAUAUUAAUAAAAAAGAAUAAAAGAUCUAAAAACUGAUUCAGAAUUGUAUAGAAAUUUUAGAUUUCGCAGAAUUUAAGGAAUGAAACCAAUCAAAUAAAAUUAUGAUACUGAUAGUGAAUUAGAUGCUUGUUGGAUAUGCGAUGGGUGGCAGGAAGUCAAAUUUACCUGGACACCUGGGAAAUCUGGUGGAAUGAACAAUGAUCCAAUAUUUGUUCACUUAAAUUUUGAAAAUUAUAAACCAGUUCUAAUGUCUCUUCAUAACGGAGAAUAUUCUGUUUAUAGAAUGUGUCCUCCAAAUUUCAGAGUCACUUAUUUUUUUAGCAAUCCUGUGCUUGGGAUAUAAACUACAGCUAAAAAUUAGUUAAUUAUAUAAACUCCUCAAGACGACCCUUUAUAUUCAACUAAACAAUCAUUUUUAUAUAAUGGAGAUAUCUUAAUUGAAGGAAAUAAAAUGGGAUUUGUAAAUGAAUUAUUUACAGAUGAUAAGUAAUCCAUUAUGGAUAGAUAUUUUGCGAAAAUAUUUAGCAAACCAAGAGAAGAAGAAAAGACUUUUGAUUUAACUUAAUUUCUUACAAAAACAGAAAAGUUUUGGAGUUAUGAAAUUUCUAUUUUUAAAAACUAUUAACCUGAUAAUGAUGAAUUAAUUGAUGAAUGCUUUGAAUAUGAUUAUGGAAGUUCAAAAAUUAAUAAAAUUAUUAAAGAUCCAAUUGAAUAUAAUGAAGUCAAAGAAAUUAUGAGAGAUUAUUAUCCUUACAUUUUUGCAGCUUAUAAAUUUUUAGCAUCCACUCUUAUUGGGGCUACGAUUCCUUGUAUUUCAUCGAAUGCCUUCUCUGAUUUUUUAUCAACAACUGGGGUUAUUUCUGAAAAAUUUAGAUCUGGUGAUAUUGAUUUAAAUUUUAUUGCUACUUCAAAUGUUAAAGAUAUCAAUUAUCCCAAUGUUUAUGAGAAAGCGCUUGUAAGAUACUAGUUAAUGGAAGUAUUAGUUAGAAUUGCUAUCGACAAAUAUUUAAGAACAUAAAUUUGCAAAACAAUUAAAGAGAGUUUGAGAAAAAUGUUUGAAGAAGAUGGAAUCAAAUUAAAACUAUAAGAAAUCGACCGUAGUUAAGAUUGGAGGGACUUGAGAUAUUGGAAUGAAUAAUGUGAUAUUUUGUUAAGUAAUUCAUUAUUUAAAUAUUCUAUUAGAGGAUAGAUUGCCAAUGUUAAAAUUACUAUUCAAGUAUACAUCAAAAUUAAAUUCUAAAUAAAAGUAUUAUAAGCACAUAUGGCUUUAAUUUAAAGAUUUCAGAGAUUUAUUAAACAAAUGUGAUUUGUAUUGUGAUAUAUUUGUUGAAAGAGACGCUUAUCUUGCAUAUUUGCUGGCUAUGCAGACAUCUGUUGAUGAACUGUAUUUACUUAAACAUUUCUAAAUGGAAUUUUAUGAAUUCUUAGAGGCUUUAGCUAGAUGUGCUGAAAAACUAUCAUUGAUAAGAACUAAUGAUUAGAUCACAAUUGAUGAUAGAAGACAAUAACCCCUGUUUAGGAAAUUAGAUGCACUAACAUUUCUCAUUUAUAUUAGAUUGGGCGAAAUUAUCAAGGCAUAAUUUCGUGAAUCUGAUGAUCUUUCUGAUUUUGAUAAGUGCAUGUAAAAAACCUAUGGUUAGGUACUUAAACAACCAAACCCAGAUUUAGACGAGGAUAAUAUUGAAAAAAUAGCACCUUUAUAAGAAGAAAAAUUAUUAGAAGAGCAACUCAACACAAUUGUUGUUCAACCUAUAAUUACUAUGGUACAGUUUUUAUCUUAUUAAGCCUCAAACUAACAAAAAAUCAAUUGGAAUGACAUUCUUAUAGGUUAUAAAAUAAGCAUAGUAACAGAAAUAAUUAAAAAACACGUUUAAUCUAACAAAUGUAGUAUAAUAUUUUAGGAAUAAAGAGGAAGAGUAAUUGUUAAAAUGA